AUGAACUCUGUUGAAGAAAUUGACGAACUCCGCCGGAUUGAUAUUCUUACGGCCAAACGAGAUUCCUUAGACAAGUCCAUCAAUGAAGCAAAUCAUGCUCUUUCUCUCUUAGAAACAAUGCAAGAAAAUCUGUCAAGCCAACAUUCAGCUCUAAACCUAGAGAUUGAUGAGCUCGAAAUAACAAAUCAGAAAUAUCUUGAUAGCACAAAUAAAGUUCCACAUUAUAAAGAUUCACAUAAAACAUUGGAAUUUUUUGAUCAGCUAAAAAUCCUUGAAGCUGAGACCGAAUAUAUCGAUGCUACAUUAGAAGCACGCCGAAAGAACAUAAAUGAUCUUAAAAGUCAUCUCUCAGCCUCUAACUCUCAAUUAAAGAGACUUGAAACUCAAAUCUCCGAACUCAAUGACACACUUGAGAAAACCCAAAAGACAGAGCAUGAGCGCGAAUCUGCAAUCAAGAUUCUUAAGCAAAAAAUAUUCGAUGCCGAUGACGAAUACAACCGUACGCAGGAUAUCUGCGAGAAUCUCAAAGUUGAGAUCCAAAACCAAGCCGACGAGAUGAAAGAGAUAUCACCAGAGGCCAUGGAAUUACUAGUUCUUCAGAAAGAUACUUUGAUUGAAGAGGUCAGAAAAGGACAAGAAGAAGUAAACAAAUUAGAAGCCAGAAGCAAGCAAAACCAAUCGAAAUACGCAGCCCAGGACAAUUUCCAGCAGAAGAAAUUGGACAAAGAGGCUUCUCCUUUGGUCUGGAUGAGCGAAAGAAACUCUCUUCUCAUCAAAAUCAAGAAAGCCCAACAGGAACUCGCACAGCUUAACCAACGCGAUAGAUCGGCCAAUAAAACAAGAGAAAAAACCUCACAAUUGGCUGAAGAAUCGCAAUAUUCAGAAGAUGAUGUAAAGAAAGCUCUUUAUCUUGAACUCCAAGAGAUCAUGAACCAACAAGAUACAUUCAUGGAAGAUGCAAUCGAAACAGAAACCAAUUAUCGUGAAGAAUUAAAGAAUCAGAUCAAAGAAAUCGACCAAACAGCUGAUUCUAUCAACUCUUUCAAGGACGGAGCUCUUGAUUUGAUGAAACAACAUAAUACUAUUGCAUCAGGAAAGGAUAGACUUGAACUUCUCCGCCAAGAACUUCAUGAUCUCAAAUCAAAGUUAUGA